AAGAGUUCUUCCAAUGAGACCGACAUCACGAUUGUUGUCGAAGACGACGACUUAAGACCUGAUUAUGACUUGCGAUCAUUAAUUCAUGCGAAGAACAUAAGCCUUCCGAGCGUUUCGGAUGAGAAGCCUAUGGAUAGCGGCGAUGGCUUCUGUCAGGUAUACCGAGGGGUGACGUGUUCUCAGUUCAUCCAAAACCGGACGAUUUACGUGCGAUCGAUGACCAGUCAGGGCUUUAUGGAGGAGAAGUUGGCCAAAGCCUUCACAGUGAUCGCCACUUCGCACGACGUCUCCCUUCAGUGCCAUCGCUAUGCCAUCUCUUCCUUAUGUUUCUUCGCCUUUCCCUUAUGUGAUGAGAAUAUGGCUGAACCCACGCCCAGACAGGUUUGUCGCGACGAAUGCGAAGUACUCGAGAGCAACAUAUGUAGGAUUGAGUACACAAUCGCCAAAAAGCAUCCACUUAUCGGUCAGAAACACAUUUUGCCCGCUUGUGAAGAGUUGCCUCCCAUCGGGUCCAAAGAGAGCGAGAAUUGUGUCCGAUUAGGCAUUCCUAAUACGGUUCAAGUAUCGCACGACCACACGUGCUUUACAGAGAUCGGUGAGGGCUAUAGAGGGACGGCAUCGCGCACUGUAUCCGGUCUGCAGUGCGGGUAUUGGAGUCAUCAGAUAUUCUUGCGAACCGCCGAUUACCCGGAGCUGACGGGCGGACACAACUAUUGCCGAAAUCCGGGUAAUAUGGAGGCGAAGCCCUGGUGUUUCGUUCAGGACUCAGAACUUAGGAAAGAGUACUGCGAUAUUCCUGAAUGUUUCGAUCAAUACUUCAUGUGGUAUUAUAUCGCACCCACUGCCGGAGCGCUGGCAUUAUUUCUGCUGCUACUAUGCAUUUGCUGUAUUCGGCGCCGCAAUCGCAAUAAGCCCUCCUCACCGGUCGUGUCGCUCAACGGCACCAAAACGGCCCGAUCUCUGGCCAGUCCUGCGUUCAGCACAAACAGCUCGCGAAGGGGUCGCGGAAACAACAUAUUAGAGAUGAAUGCAUUGCUUCCGCACAGCAGACAACCGACCAAUCGUUUGACAGAAUAUUCCAUGUCUUCGAUCCGUUUCGUACAAGAGUUAGGCGAAGGAGCGUUCGGUAAAGUGUAUAGAGGAGAGCUCGUCAUGACUGCCGGCGCUAUCAUUCCGAUCGCCGUAAAGACACUGAAGGAAAACGCGACCACAAAAACACAGCAAGACUUUAGACGCGAAGCGGAGCUCAUGUCAGACCUCCAGCACCCGAACAUUGUUUGCCUGUUAGGCGUUUGCAUACGAGAGGAACCGAUGUCUAUGUUGUUUGAAUACAUGUCCAAAGGAGACCUUCACGAGUAUCUCAUCUGUCAUUCGCCGCGAUCUGACGUCACGAACACCAACGAUGACGGCUCGCAACACAUCCUCGAAAUACAAGACUUCCUUCACAUCGCGACCCAAAUCGCGGCCGGAAUGGAGUAUUUGUCGGGACAUCACUUCGUUCACAGGGAUUUGGCCGCCAGAAACUGUUUGGUCGGCGAACACUUGACGGUCAAGAUAUCGGACUUUGGACUCUCACGAGAUAUCUAUUCCAGUGAUUAUUAUAGAGUGCAGUCUAAGUCGCUUCUGCCGGUUAGAUGGAUGCCUCCCGAGAGUUGUCUGUACGGGAAAUUCACGACAGAGUCCGACUGCUGGUCGUUUGGUGUUGUCCUCUGGGAGAUCUUCAGUUACGGUCUGCAGCCGUACUAUGGAUUCACAAACACCGAUGUCAUAGAUAUGAUACGUUCGCGACAACUGCUCGCCUGUCCAGAGGACUGUCCGCCGCAUAUCUAUUCGCUAAUGAUUGAGUGCUGGCAUGAGAUACCCAACAAAAGGCCGUCGUUUCACGAGUUGCACACUCGGCUCCGGUCGUGGCAAGCGGUCCACCAAAGGACGAUGACUCUGCACUCAACCAACAGCAGCCACAACAGCGGACACAGCACUCACUCCGGCGCCAAACACGGCAACGGAUUCAUCAAUAAUCGCACAAACAAUUCAGCGCAACCUAACAAUCACUUUCAUUCAUACCAUCCGCUGUCAACGCCGGUGCCGAUACCGACGCCACCAUUAAGUCAUUUAACUAAUCACAACACACAUCACCACCAAAUCCAUCACUUUAACAGUCCGGCUGUCAAUCCGAAUCUGAGGAAUGGGUUCGCAAACCCGGGCCCACCCAUGCAUAACCAUAACUCGCACGUCAAUAGUGUGUUUCAUUAUCACGAAGCAAACAAUUUUCACAAUUCUUCGAGUUCUUCGAGUCGUCCCAACACUCCUAACAAUAGAAAAAUGCCGAUCGGAGGCAACGCUAACUCUGCCAUACAUUCCUAA